AUGGGAGGCCAGUGCUCCUGGGGACGGCCCAUUGUUCUGCAGUGCGUGCAAUUUUCUUUUUCUUUAUCAUGUUAAUCAUGCUUGUGGAGGUCCUGUGUGUGUAGUGCUCUGUGGAGGAUUCAGGAGACAGAGACCAGUGUCCAGUGUAACCAGGGGCUAGAUUAGAUAGUACAGACAGAGCCUGAGGGGAGACUGGGAAGGGACCCGGUGAACGGAGGGUUUGGGCUCCCAUACAUUAACCCUGAGAAUCUGUGAAGUCCUGUGUGGGAGGAGGGCUGGUUGGAGAAGUGCAACAAGUUCUUAGUACCCUUUCCUGCCUUGGGCUCCCCCACCCCCACUUUCAUUCCAUCUUGAACACUGCGGCAGUGUUCUCCCUCCUUGUGAGACCCCAUGGUUGUCCUGUCAGUCAAAUGCUCUGAAACCCCAUUGCCUGAAACUCUAGGUUCAAACUUUGCUCCUUCAGGCGUUCAGAGAUGCCCCAGGGGCCCCCAACUGUGUGCUGGGGUCAGGGACUCUAGUCCCCGUCCUUGGCCAGACCCUCAACUUGGAUCUAUUUUCUAUAUUGGAUCUAUUUUCUUUGGGUGCAGAAGUUCAAGGCUUUAAACAGCGUGAAAUCUAACAGGCAGUGGCCCCACUUCCUAUGUUCCGCCUCCAGGGCCCUUUGUUGGUCUGUCUUACCUCCUUGGUCUUUGCGUGGCUGGGCCCUGCUGGGCUGGCUGCCCUCUCUGCUCCUCUCCCGCCUUUUCACAUUUUGUGCAAAGCCUUCCCUGACUGCCCCAGCCCAGUCCCUGUGGUUUUGGCCCCUUCUUUUAAACUCAUUUGACAUAGAACUAUAGGUUGCCUUAGACACUACUAAUGUUACUGGCCCCUAGUUUUGGUGGGGUCUUGUGAAGUUGCUGGGCCCCAGGCCUGGCUUUUCCCUCUCUUGUAUCAGCUGAGCACCCAAGGUGCAGUGGCCCAGGCAGCCAUAUCUGGCAUGUCCAGCAGGGGGCGGUGCUUACUCACAGUGGUCCCAUCAGCUGGGGCUGGUGGUCCCAUCAGCUGGGGCUGGGCUGGGAAGUGCUUCACUUUUUUACUUUCCACCAACUUCCACCCAGAAAGUCACCCUGUCACCCCACCCCCAGGGCUGGGAUAAGCCAUGAAGCUGCCAGCCAGGGAUGACAGCCGGCCAGAGUAGGGGAGGGAGGAGAGUCUCGUGGCACUCUGAGACUGGGUGCUGCACUUUUAGGGCAGUACUCCUUAGGCCCAGCCACCCCCUGUGUACCCAGAACCAUUGGUAGGAGCUGGCCAGCUAGAGCCAUGAGGGCGGGAGGCCUGGAAGGGUUUGCAGCAGUGAGAGCCUCUGCCACCACCCCCUGGGGAGGGAGGGAGCCAUGCAGUUCCCUUUUCCCAUAGCCCCAGAGCAAGUGAGUUUCCGGACCAGGGGUGGAUAGGGGCGGGGAGUCCUAUCCCAGGAAACAGAUGGGCAGCCUCAGAACGGAGGGAAAUGGCAACCCCACCGCUUCCUCCCAUCCCACGCAGCCAGCGUUUGGCUGGGGGGCGGUGUGUGGAAAGGGUUGCCUGGAGCGGGGAGGCGAUCGAGCCCACCCCAGGGCUUUUUAGCCUGGGCCCCGUGGGAGGGCAGGCCAUGUCUGGAACAGGACUUGGCUUCCCCUCUCUGGUUGGAGUUGACGCCAAAAGUGAGGCAGCCAGAGGGCACUGAACUGGGAGGGAAGGCUCCCCGACUCAGCCUCUUGGAGCCUGCCUUUCCCAUUUGAAAAUAAGGCUGAUUCCUGCUACCCAUCCCCCAGGCUCUUGUCAGGCUCCCUGAGAUGUUGGCUGGGGUGGGAGGGGUCACAGAUGAAAUAGUCCUGUGCCAGUGACUUGGUGCAGAGCCUGGCAUGUUGAAGCACUCGGUUGUGUGUGUUUGCUGGCCAUCACCGUGUCCUUUCCCCUUGUUCAUGUCCUUUGGGCCAGCCACAUGGUGUGGGGCAACCCCACUGGGAAGAGCCAUGGAAGCCACAGUUCACCUGCACUUGUGGAGGGCCCAUGCCUUUCAUCUGCAGGGAGACAGCUCUCCAAGCCUGGCUUUGCUUAUUGGGGCCUUCCUGAGGUGUGGGAUCCAAAGGUAAUCCCUGGAUUGCCUUGUGUUGGCCCCAGUGGUGGCGUCUACCCCUGCACACUCCUCUGGAUUUCCUGAUGGCCCUGAUCUCCACACUGCCUCCUGCUGGAUCUCCUGCAGGAGCAUCAUUGUCCCUUGGAGCAGUCACUUUCAGCUCUUCACCUGCCGAGUUGUGGGUUCGCGUGCUCGAGGCUUUCUGGAACUACCUUAGCUGGAAGUAGCAGUGGUCACAACUGAGAGAGCCAAACAUUUCUACAGCCCCCAGGACAUUCCUGUCACCCUCUACAGCGAUGCUGAUGAAUGGGAGAUGUGGAAGAGCCGCUCUGACCCAGUUCUGCACAUUGACCUGCGGAGGUGGGCAGACCUCCUGCUGGUGGCUCCUCUUGAUGCCAACACGCUGGGGAAGGUGGCCAGUGGCAUCUGUGACAACUUGCUUACCUGCGUCAUCCGGGCCUGGGACCGCAGCAAGCCCCUGCUCUUCUGCCCGGCCAUGAACACCGCCAUGUGGGAGCACCCUAUCACAGCGCAGCAGGUAGACCAGCUCAAGGCCUUUGGCUAUGUCGAGAUCCCCUGUGUGGCCAAGAAGCUGGUGUGUGGAGACGAAGGUCUGGGGGCCAUGGCUGAAGUGGGGACCAUCGUGGACAAAGUGAAAGAAGUCCUCUUCCAGCACAGUGGCUUCCAGCAGAGUUGACCUGGAAUUUCUGUCAUGGUUGUCCCUCUGUAUUCAGAAUGUGUUCAGGCCAAGUCGGUGAAGAUGGAUGUUGGCAAAAUAGGGGGAUUCCCUUAUUUGCUGAAUGGGGGGCCUGCUCUGAGCCUCCCCAGGGGCUGGGCCUGCUCCAGGUUAUACUGGACAGAAGGCUCAGGUCUCAGCUUCUUUCAACCAAGAGAGGCCGCUGCCUAGAGCCCAUCCCCACCUUUUUCUGGAUGGGCGAGGCAAGCCAGGAGAGCAAGCAGUGUUGUCCUCACUGGAGGAGGACUGAGCGACUGGGAAAACUCGGCUCUACAUCUCACCCAGAAUGACUUUUAGAAACACCACAGCUGGAGAGUCCUGGCUGAACCUUGGGAGCUUCAGCUCUUUGGCGGGGUGCCCAGAUGCCAUGCGAUCAGCGAAGCCUGCGAGUUGGCAGGACUCUGAGGUUUCUUGCAGACCAUGCCAUGAGAUUGAAGGUGCGGGGAAAUAAAGAACAAUCACCGUUUAGGAGGCUCCAUUCUUUCCCUAUAACCCAACUGUGGUCCCAGAGACCAGGAGGCGUUGCCAGGUGUGGCUGGGGAAGGGUCUGGGUUGAUGACUCACUGGUACUCUUUAGUCCCCAUAUAACAUGGUAGUUAAGGAUAAAGUUCUGAAGCCAGAAAGCCCCUAGUUCCAAUCCCAGCUCUGCCACUUACUGGCAGUGGGAGUUUGGUUCAGGACUUAGCCUUCCUGACCUUCACUUUCCUCAGCUAUCUUGUUUCCUACCCUCAGGGAGUUGUUGAGAGGAUUCGGUGAAAUUAUGUGUGCAAAAUACCCAUGCCACUGAGUGCCUGGAACAUAGUAAAUGUCAAAUCAAUGGAAGUUAAAACUAGGCAUGCGUAUAUGCCAGAGAGCUUUCCUAACAUUUACUGCAAUGCCCCAUCUCAUUUUGGGAAAAAGAAAAUCCUGGAUGCUAAGCUGACACAUCCCUUUAUGCAGGUGACAGGUAAGCAGCCAGGAGGGUUGACCCUGCCCUGGGUCCCAGGCCUCUUGCCUGCUUCCUGGUUUCCUCUGUUCUCAUCCUUUCAGCUUUGCUGGACCUGAGGCAGGGGCCUGGGUGUCUGUGACCCCCCGACCCCCAGUAUACAUGACCAAGGGAAGUAGAUCCAGAGACACCAUGCACUCUGGCCCAGAAACCCUCUGCUACCCAGCUUUUGACCUAAUUGCCAUUUGGUGUGGCUGCAGUGGGGAGGGCUUGUCUGCAUAUUUGGAACUGAGCCUGAGGCUGGCUUCCUGCCCUCCGACUUCCAGGCCAGGUAUAGGGGACAUCCCACGUGGGCUCUGAGAAGGCUGAGAGUAGAGGUGCCUUGAGGGGACCAGGAAGCCCUCUGGCUGGAAUCAGUGCUCCAGCAGCCUCCACAGCCUUUAUCUCAACAGCACUUGACUUCACCAUGUGACCCUUUGGGAUAAAAUUGCCUUAGGGCACGAAAUAAACUAUAACUA